CGAUCAGCUGAUCGUAUUUCGUUAUUUCGUUACAAACUGAUCAACUAUAUUAUCAUUCACACCAUCAGGAAGAGGUUAAGUUUACCUGCAUAAAUUAAAACGAUAAAUGAAAAGAUAUGAUCUAAAUACAGUAAUAGCGGUGAAUUAAAAAAUACAAUGGGUCAAACUUUAUGCGAACCCGUGACAACUAAAAAAUCAGCAUGUUGCCGAAAUUACAAUUACCAUGUGGGUAGUUCUUGUAUGCAAGGAUGGCGGAUUAAAAUGGAAGAUUGUCAUGUGCAUAUCCUCUCUCUUCCAGAUGACCCAGGCACUGCUUUUUUUGCAGUAUACGAUGGUCAUGGAGGUGCAGCGAUAGCUCAACAUGCUGGAAAGUAUCUUCAUCAAUACAUCACCAAGCGAAGUGAGUAUAAGGCAGGAAAUAUUGUCCAGGCUAUGCAACGAGGUUUCUUGGAAUUAGAUAAAGCAAUGCAAAGUGAUGCAGUACUUAGAGAAGAACAAUCAGGAACUACUGUUAUCGCAUUGCUCAUCAAAGAUAAUAUUUUGUAUAGUGCUAAUGCAGGCGACAGCAGAGCAGUAGCAAGCAUUAACGGAAAUGCAGUUCCACUUAGUCGAGAUCAUAAACCUACAUUGAAAGACGAACGUGAUAGAAUUGAGGCUGCAGGUGGUUGGGUCGAAUUCAAUCGCGUUAAUGGUCACCUUGCUUUAUCCCGUGCUCUUGGAGACUUCAUGUUUAAACGUAACAAUUACUUGUCACCGCAAAAACAGAUCGUAACAGCUUUUCCUGAAGUUCAACAAUUUCCUAUAACAGAAGAUUGGGAAUUUGUUGUCUUAGCAUGUGAUGGAAUUUGGGAUGUAAUGACGAGCGAGGAAGUAGUAAAUUUUAUAAGGUCUCGCUUAACUUGGUCAAAAGUUGUAGGAAAUGAAAUGGAAGGUGUUAUGGAUCCUGAAGAAAUAUGCGAAGAAUUAAUGAAUUGCUGUCUUGCACCCGAUGCUUUAAUGGGUACUGGAUGCGACAAUAUGACAGUUGUAUUAGUGUGCUUUCUUCACGGAAAACCAUAUGCACAUCUUAUUUCACGCUGUCAAAAAUCUAGUACAAAUUCUUAGUCAUUUAUAAAUUGGUAUAUUGACAUUUCCUCCUUUUCUUUAUCUUUCUCACUGUAACAAUCGUUAUUUUUUUGAACUAUCUUUACUGUCAUUAUUAUCUUAUGACGCAAUUUCUUUAUCACACCAUAAGAGAGUGUUAAUUAAGGAAGUAUUGAUGUUACGAAGUGGGGAUGAAAAAACGAAAAGAUCGAAUUUUUAAGUAUAAGCAUCUUUCAUUUUUUUUGUGAAAAAUUUAGAGGCCUCUGUUGUAGAUAUAUUAAUAGAUCUAUUUAAAUAACUAUAAAAUUUACUAAUUGUUUUUAUAAAAACAUUAUCUCUGAUUUUAAUGUAAAUUUAAUGUCUUGAAAUUAUGCUUUCCAUGUGUAAACAUAUGAAUUCCAUUAUGUACACAAUUAUGGAUUCUUCAGGCCACACCUUUGGAAAACAGGCCGCACAGCAGCUCAAUUAUAAGCUUUUAUUUACAAUCUGAAGAAUGGACGAGAAAUAUUCUAAUAUAAUUUGAAUAACAAUCACAAUAAAAGAUU